UUUGCCGCCUCCAUGUUUUCUUGUCCGCCAAGCAAUGGCCUUGUGUAUUUCUACCAGCACCACCAUCAGGCGGGGCUCCCGGCGCCUCAAUCCGUGCUCGGUGAUUCGGAGUUGGAAACCGGUAACCAAGAGGAUUAUUUUCGAUUGAAUUGAGCUUCAGAAAUGUAUCGACUAGGUUUUUAAAGCGCUGGAGUUUUGCUGAGCUUCCUUUCUGAUGUGCUCAAAUGCGAGCGACGAUAAUACAGAUAGGUUAGUAGGUUUUAGUUCCUGGAUUCUCAUGUAUUUUGUUAUCUACUUUUUUCAGGCCUUUGAUUUCGAUCCUGUGGAGUUGCUGUUUCUUGGCGAAUUACCGAUGGCAUCACCCAUAAUAGUUGGUGCUGCUGUUGGGACUGCUGCUUUGGGCACUCGAUACUUGCUAAGUGCGUGGCAAGCUAUUAAAGCUCGCCCCUCAGUUCCCCGAGCUCGAAGAUUUUAUCCUGGGGGGUUUGAACAGGUCAUGACGAGGCGAGAGGCUGCUUUGAUUCUUGGAGUAAGAGAGCAUGCUGUGGUGGAGAAGAUCAGGGAGGCCCAUAGAAGAGUGAUGGUGGCUAACCACCCUGAUGCUGGCGGCAGCCAUUACCUUGCUUCAAAGAUCAACGAGGCUAAAGACGUUUUGCUGAAGAGAACCAAGGCAUCAGGCUCCGCAUUCUGAUCUUGAUCAUUGAUCUCAGGACAGACAAAUAAUGAAUGGUUCCAAGAAUCAAGCCAAGCCACGUUCUCCUGCUCAAAAGCAUUGUUUUUGUAAUAGUAGAAAAUAAGUAGGUAGGUGUUGUGCUGACAUUUGGUGCUGGUGGUGAAUUGACAACUUUGCUUCUUUAUUGUACGUAUUUUGCCUU